AUGUCAGCCAGAUCUGCACGAAUAACGGCUUACCGUUUGUUUUUCAACAUCUUCCGUGGAGAAGUGAACUGUAUCUCAGCAACAUGUUUUCUAGUCGUAGUGUUCGUUUUUCUCUCCAUGGUGUUGAAUAUGAAACGUGCACCAACAGUGAUGACGUCAUUGGAACAUGCUAAGUUAAACUGGAAAGAACUAGAUCGCGAGUCCGAAAAUACCAUACUGAUUGAGCACGAGGACGAAAAUUUUUUUCAAAGUGACGACGAUGUUUUCUUAAAUGUUUUUAAACUGAUGGAAGACAUAGAGUCCAAAUUUAGGAACAAAAAAAAGCAAAUAUGGUGUCCAGUACGGUACAAAGGAACUAGUCUUAUUCAGAGAAAGAAAGGAAAGUGGAAAGUUGACGAAAAUGAGUUUAAGAACAUGACGUAUUUUCCAGUGACGUACUGCAAUGGAUUCUUCACAAUUCUUACAAAAGACUUGAUACAAGAAAUGUACGAAGCAGCCAAAGUUACACCAUUCUUUUGGGUUGAUGAUGUGUACUUGUUUGGACUUUUACCGGACAAGAUCGGGAACGUCAAGCAUAACCCACUUCCGAAUCUCAAUUUGAACGAAAAAGACGCCAAAACGUGUUUUGAAUCUAGGGACAAGAAGUGCAAUCUCCUAGUAGCUAAUGCACACUCUGAUGGUAUAAUGGAUAAAUUCUGGUUCAGUGCUUUGGAGCAAUAUAAAACAUUGGCUCAAAAAUACUCAAAAGACGCUUUAUUUGUUUGAUUAAAAAUCUUGGAAGAUGGAAACUGCAAAUAACGUUAAGGUAGACUGCAUGGCGACUGUAAGUCGUUAUGAGCAAAACUUAAUUGGAAAUAACACAUUAAAAGCAAAAGUUACGCAUGGGAAAUGGUGGCUAAGACUUUCCACUUAUACAAUACGUAAUGUUUAAAGGCUUCUUCCUGAAAUAAGAGUUUUUGUUGUCUGAAAAGUGUUCAUGAACUAUCAUUGUAGAACAUUUAUUCAUGUCAUUAUCAUA